CAAAAACUAGGUCAAUGUAAAUACGACUUGACGGGCAGUGAUACGUGUACAGCACAAAUACGGAGAUAAUUCCCUUGUUUAUCGUUAGAAAAUGGAGACUAAAACACCAAAUAAUGACCCCCCUUCCAAAAAUGAUGGAGUUUGUGGAAUUUCUGGUAGACAUGGAAGGGAUUAAGGAUUUUAGUACAGCUUCAACAAUGACAGAUAUAAUCAUGGAAGAAAUCGUAGACAAUGCUGUAGCAGUGAGUGAUUCGUCUUGUUCCCUAUCAGCAAGUAGUCCGUCCACAGGAGAAAGGAUACACUGCCCUGAUACGCCGUGUGGACAAGACUCGAACUAUUCUGCCAAAAACAGUUCCAUCAAAGCUGUUGUAUCCAAAGCCAAAGACCCCGGUCCUAAAUCAACAUUCCUUCCUCCCUGUCGUGUGUGCGGGGACAAUGCUUCUGGAUUUCACUAUGGGGCUAAUACAUGUGAAGCUUGCAAGGGUUUCUUCAGAAGAAGUAUCGUAAAGGUUCAACAGAAUAAAGAGUCGUAUAAAUGCGCAGGGAAGGGAGGCGGUUGUAAUCUGGGGCCAGGAAAAAGAAAUCCGUGUGCGGCAUGUAGAUACGCAAGAUGUCUGGAAGUGGGCAUGUCAAUUAACGCAAUUAAAACAGGCAGAUACACAUACGAAAAGAGAACGAAGGACACAGUUGAAGUAAGAAACAUGAAGGCAGUAGAGAGUCCCUCCCAUCUGGAGACAUACAUCAGUGAUUCUGAGGUCGACCAGAUAAUCCAGGCCCUGAAGGAUGUCCUUCUGAAGAAUUGCCCACAGGCCUACAAAAUCUUCGACAGGGAAACCAACCUCCACAGACAAUGGCAGAUCUAUAACGACUACAAGGCCAAAGUAGAAAUUUUUGGUUCAAUGUCAGUGAUUCCAAAAGAUGUUUGGGACGAAUUUUACAAAGAAACGGGAAUAGACUUGGACAACAGACAAGAAUUGAUGAAGGAAAUGGCUUGUAGGAUGGAGUAUGGUCUUACUGUGAUGGUCGACUUUGUCCGCGCUAUUCCGGGAUUCGCUGAUCUAUCUGUGUCUGAUCAGACGGAACUUAUAAAAGCCUCUCAUUUUGAAUUUAUGUUCAUUGGUCAUUGUCACUGCUUUAACCCUCACCUGAAAGUUGUUACGGGGUUAAUCGAUGCACAGCUGCAAGAUGUUUAUAAGCUAUUUGGGAUUGAUGAGUCAAUCACCAGCCAAUUUAAUCAGAUGGCUGCAACCUUACAAAAGAUAAAACUAGAUUGGGAGGAGAGUUUUCUGAUGCGUAGCAUAGCUGUUACGUCAGCAGAUCGUUGUCAGUUGGAGGAACCAAAAGCUGUAGAACGAAUACAGUGGAGAUUGAUUAAUGCUUUUAGAGUGUUAGCAAAACGUAAAAACUUCAAGCCAGAACAAAGGCUCUGGCACAUAAUAGACCGCUUAACAGCUCUCAGGACUAUGACGGAGAUCAGUAAGGAACUGGACAAACAAAAAUGUUCAUGGCCUGUCAUGAAAGACCACCCUCUGGUUUUGGAUAUUCUGCAGAGCUGAUAAAUGUUCUCAAUAAUUUUGCCAAUUCUAUUGUGAUAAUAUGGUUUAAAGUACCUUCAGCUUCAGGUAAAAAUGAAGAGCUCUUUAAACAUCUAGGAUUUGCUGAUGUUUCUUCGUGCUGCUGAUUUUUGAAAUAAUAUUGCAAGUAUAACCAAUUCAUCUAAUGACUAGAAUAUAAGACAUUUACUUGUUGCUCUAUCUUGAUGACUGUGAUUGAAAACAGGGACUACAAGAUUCAAUCAGUCCAGUGUGUGUGUUUGUACCAAGGAAGGAAACGUAUCUUUAUUUUCAGGUGAUCUCACGUACAUGACAACCAGUGAUAAUUAUUAAUGCAGCAAAAACUAUGUCGAUAUGUCCUUGUCUCUUUCUUGAUUUAGAUUUGUGUAUACAUGUAGCUCCUCCAUUGUCUAAAUACAUGUAUUAGGCAAAUAGCAAGAUUUUGUGCUUGAAAUAUGUUAUUUUUAUUGAUCAUCAGGGGCUAUUUCAAGAUUUAUUAUCUUUAAAACCUAUAUCUCUUUUUUUUCUCCUGUCUUUGUCAAUUAGUAAAUAUAAGCAGUGAAAAUUCAAAAUAAACAUGUUGACGUAUGUAAUUAUCAGAAAACGACAUAUAACCAUGGCUUAUGAUGAUAUAUAUUGGUAUGCAUCUCAUUGAUUGAAGACAAAAUCCAACUAAUUGUAUGCAAGAAUCAUUCCGAAGUUUCUAUGAUUUCAUUAUGAAAAAAAGCAAUGAAAAUGUAACAAUGUAAGACUAAUUAUCAUCAGGAGUACAUGCAUAUCUGUUUGAUCUUAAAUAUGCCAUCAAAAAAAGUCAUAGCCACAAAAUUUAUAUGGGAGUUUUUCCUCCUUAGAUACAAAAUUUCAAUUAUUUUUUACUGUUUUUUAAUGAAAAAUUACAAGACAUAUACGUAAUCCAAAUCGUAACCCCAGCCUUUGAUGCAAAGUCUUGUCAUUUGUAUAAUAUUUUUUGAAGUUUUCAUCAUCGAGACUUUGACUUCACAUGGACCUGAAAAUUUCACAGGCACGUGAGUUACAUGUUCUUUCUUAUUAAAAAAAAUAACCCCAUACUUAAUGAACUAUUAAGUAUGGGGUAAUAUAUUUUAAAAUAAGAAAAACACAUAAUGUCAUGUGCCUGUGGAAGUUUAUAUUUCAUAACAGUUGUCUGUUAAUUAUGAUAAGUAUACUUCAGUAUGCAUCUGUAAAUUUUAAUAUGAAUUAUAUUUGCAACAUUUUACAUAAAAAUGUUUUUCCCAAUUUGAAUGUACAGGCACAUGUUUUUUAUUCUUUUGGAUGUAAACUUUGAAAAUAUUUCUAAUAUAGAAGACAAAUAUAGUAUAGUUU